GGGGCGCCCUUGUAUAAUCAAGCUCUGCAUAGCCUUCACAAGACAAGCAAGACCAAAAGCAAUGCCUGAUUCAACUAACAAUUCAUCAUUCUUCGAGUCAUUGACCACAACAACUGGUACAAUAACGAACCAAAUAAAAAUAGAAGAGGCACAAGGAACCGCUAUGGUAGCUAUAAACGUAUUUCUUGCCGCUAUUGGGACAUGUGGGAACUUUCUGAUWAUUUUUAYUGUGUUCAAAACACCUCAGCUUCGUCAAAGACCAUCUAACCAUCUUCUCUUGAGCUUGGCAGUAGCAGAUUUGGUAGUGACCAUGGUAGCACAACCGUUAUAUGUUACAGCGACAGCUCUGAAAACGUUUAAAUACAAUUGCAAUUCAUCACUGGAAGCUGUCCAUCGCAUAGCAUCUCCAUUUUCUUGUAGUAGUUCGGCUUUUCAUCUUGCAGCCAUGAGCAUUGACCGAUUGAUUUCAGUGGUUAAACCUCAUCGUCACCGCGAAAUAAUGAAGAAAUGGCCCAAGAUAAUGUUGGCCAUUUGUUGGGGAAUAGCUAUCAUACUUGGCAGUUUACUCGACAUAUUCCCAGUAGUGAACUAUGUAGGUGUUGUCCUCAUUAUCCUAUGUGAAGUUGUAAUGAUUUCCUCCUACGGGAUGAUUCUUUACAAGAUCAAACGCUCCCAUAAAAUGGUAGUGACCGCAUCUUCGUCCACAGCAAGUGAAAGAGCCAUUGAGAAUCGAUUGUCUGGGACGAUUGCAAUCGUCAUCUUGUUGUUYGCAGCUUGCUGGUUYCCUCUUGUUGGGUACAGCUUCUCCCAUCCCGUGGAAGAUUUCGUCUGUGCAUUUGAUAUGAAACUCAACUGGGUCGCAACUGUACUGUUGCCAACUCCUCGAUGAAUUUCACUGUGAACAGUUUACAAAUCCGCYAAUUCCAUACAUAGCAUACAUAAGAAUCAUUCGUAGCAUGCUACAGUCAUUUGGACAGGUUGUGGGAAAAUGUUGUUGUAGCAAACGUCCGAUGCACCAAAAUACUCCUCAAGCAUGGAACGAAGUUUAAUUCAGCUUAGAUCUUUUGACAUUUGUGUACCUCAU